AUGUUAGGUCAAGUUUUAGGGAUUUUGCUUGCGACGGUGGUAAUCAUUUACGUGGCGGCUUCAUGGGUGCGCGACAAGAGCACGAAAAAAGCCGAAACCUGUCCUCAGCAGGAGGUGGUGCAAGGCGAGAGGAGGACAGAGAGGCCGGCGAGCAGGGAUGACUCCCUUCCCAAACCAAUCAGUGUUAAUUACCACUUCACGAGGCGCUGUAACUACAGGUGUGGCUUUUGUUUUCACACCGCAAAGACGUCCUUCGUUUUGCCCAUAGAGGAGGCGAAGCGGGGUUUAAAACUUUUGAAGGAUGCAGGGAUGGAAAAAAUUAAUUUCUCUGGCGGUGAGCCAUUUCUAGAGAAAGGCGGGCGCUAUGUUGGUGAACUGACUCGUUAUUGUAAGCAAGAUCUCGGCUUGCCCAGCGUUAGUAUCGUCAGCAAUGGGAGCCUGGUAAAGGAGAAAUGGUUCGAAGAUUAUGGGGAAUACCUGGAUAUCUUGGCAAUAUCAUGUGACAGCUUCGACUUUGAAACAAAUGAUCUGAUUGGUAGAAAGCAAGGACAAAAAGACCACGUGGCAUCCCUGUUAAAGGUGCAUGACUGGUGUAAUCAAUAUAAG